AUGUGUCCAAGAGGUCGGCAAAGAUCAGCGUUGUAUUGGAAUAGAGACGUGUCAAAUCAGGGAAGACUUGUUCCAGUGCACGUCUGCUGCGAAUGGAAGGAAACGGGAAAUAAUAUAGAUAAACAGCCUGGUUGUAAAUAUCUAGAAAUGGUCAAGGAAAAUGGACAAAAUCGUGUUGGGUGCCAUGUUGGAUGGAUUCAGUUUCGAAAGAAAUGCUACUGGUUCAGUCAGGAUGCCAAACCUUGGGUAGAAGCGAAGGGCAUAUGUGCACUAAAUCACACAAAGCUGGCAGAACCAAGGACCCUCAGUGAAUCUUCGUUUCUCAUCAGCUACAGUCAACGAAUCGCAGGGGUCUACUGGAUUGGUAUAUCUGACAUGAUAGAGGAAGGUAAAUGGAUUUAUUCGUCAGAUCAGACAGUUAUACAAGUUAAUGACUUUCAUCCAGGAGAACCAAAUCAUCACACUUAUGCAAAUUGCGUCGUUUUGUGGCAAAAGUUCGAUGGUAAAUGGGUGGAUGAGCCAUGUGGGGAAAAUUACAGGUUUAUUUGUGAGACUGAAAUCGAGUGAGGUUUUGUCCGAAAUACAUCCAUUUCCACUAAGAAAGCAAUGAUCAUUUUCAAAACUUCACUGGCUUAUGAAGAUAGACGUUUACAUGAUCAAAUCCUGACACCCAGGAUGCUUCUUAAAAUGUUCAAUCUCGCUUCGCGCCAUUUCA